AUGACACGCCAAUACUUCUGCUGGAAAGUCAGCCUCUCCUUCCGCUGCGGCUGCACCGAGCUGGCCCCCAUCGUCCACCGCUGCCCGCCCGACCGCGAAGGCUGCAACAGCUGGCUGACCCACAAGCGCACCGACAAGUACUGCGAGACGCACCGCGCCAGCUGGGGGCUCGCCCAGUCUUCCGACGGCGGUUCUCGCUCUCCUUCUCCCUCUCCUUCUCCUUUCACUGGGCUGUCUGGGUCGGCUUGGGAGGGGGGUGAGGGUUUGAGUGUGGGUGUGAGUGCUGGUCAGGGUCAGGGUCAGGGUCAGGGUGAGGGUGAGGAUGGGUUGAGGAGGCGGGGCAGUCCGGUCGCUGAGGGCGUUGAUGGCGGCGAGGCGGGGGCUGCGGUUUCCGGGAGGAGGGUUGUUGGGUAUUACUAG